CCUGGGUGGAGGAGAGGAGUUUCCGGGGCUUGGGUCCCGCCGCCUUCCCGGGGAAGGAGCGCGGAAGCAAGUGGGCGGCGAAAGGCGGGGCAAGGGACGCAGGGGGCGUGGACGCGGCCGGCUUUGGAAAAGCCCCAAGUUAAUGAGGCGUGCGCCGGCAGCCGAGCGCCUCUCAGAGCUGGGCUUUCCUCCGCGGUGCGGGCGCCAGGAGCCGCCUUUUCCGCUGGGUGUCACUCGGGGGUGGGGAGGAUGGCCCAUUCAAAAGCGCCGCGAGGGGGCCCGGCCAGUGCCCUUCAGUGAGCGCUCGCAAGACGACAGCAGAGGCCCGGCGGCUUGCAGCUCCGGGACCUUGUGGCGCAUCAGGACGCGGCUGCCCCUCUGCCCGGACCCAGGGCCAUCACCGCCGCUCUGCCUGCUGCGUGUUAGCCUCCUUUGCGCGCUCCGGGCAGGCGGCCGCGGGAGCCGCUGGGGCGAGGACGGCGCUCGGCUGCUGCUGCUGCCCCCAGCCCGGGCAGCUGGAAGCGCAGAGGCCGAGCCAAGCGGCGGCCCCCCCUAUGCCGGGAGGAUGCUGGAGAGCAGCGGCUGCAAGGCGCUGAAGGAGGGCGUGCUGGAGAAGCGCAGCGACGGGUUGCUACAGCUCUGGAAGAAAAAGUGCUGCAUCCUCACUGAGGAGGGGCUGUUGCUCAUCCCGCCCAAGCAGCUGCAACACCAGCAGCAGCAGCAACAGCAGCAGCAACAGCAACAGCAACAGCCCGGGCAGGGGCCGGCCGAGCCGUCCCAACCCGGCGGCCCCGCUGUCGCCGGCCUUGAGCCGCAGGUCAAGCUCAAGGAAUUGCACUUUUCCAACAUGAAGACUGUGGACUGCGUGGAGCGCAAGGGCAAAUAUAUGUACUUCACUGUGGUGAUGGCCGAGGGUAAGGAGAUCGACUUUCGGUGCCCACAGGACCAGGGCUGGAACGCCGAGAUCACGUUGCAGAUGGUGCAGUACAAGAAUCGUCAGGCCAUCCUGGCGGUCAAGUCCACGCGGCAGAAGCAGCAGCACCUGGUCCAACAGCAGCCCCCGCAGCCGCAGCUCCAGCCCCAGCCCCAGCCCCAAACCCAGCCCCAGCCCCAGCCCCAGCCUCACCCCCAACCCAAGCCUCAGUCCCAGCAGCUCAGCCCGUAUCUGCACCAGCAUCCGCACCCUCACCCACAUCCGCAUCCUCACCCUCACCCGCCAUCGCAUCCGCACCAACAACCACACUCGCAGCCGCACGGCCACAGGCUUCUCCGCAGCACCUCCAACUCUGCCUGAAGGGGGCAGCACCCGGGUCACAGAAGGUUUUGAGGACUUGAGGAAGUGGGACGAGCGCAUUUCUAUUAUCUUCACUUGGAUCAAAGAGAAAACAAUCCCCCCGCCCCACCCCAGAUCAAGUAGUUUGGACAUCACCCGACUGAUAACUUGCGAUUCCUCUUAGUUUUCUGCAUACUCAUCAUCACGAUGCAAGAAAAGGAAGACUUUAUUUAUGAACCUUUGAAAAGAUCUUCUGGUUUGAUGGAACUUCUAGAAGGGACGAUAUACUGUAAUUUUAUUUUAAUGUAUUUUGAUUUAUGAUUAUUUAUUAGUUUUUUUUUAAAUGCUUGUUCUAAGACAUUUCUGAAUGUAGGCCAUUUUCCAAAAAGGAAACUUUAUUUUCAAAAACCUAUUUCCUAGUAAGACCUAAUCUUGGAAAAGAAGAAAAAAAGGGUGGUGGAGGGGAAAAUAUUAAGAAUCCAUUCAUUAUUGCUAGGGCAUUUUCAGAAGGUCUCACACUUUCAUUGUUAUGCCAGGUGGUUGAAAUUAAAAUCUGAUAUUUCUUUUUUUUUUUUUUUUUGAGGUUUUCUUACUUAGACAUAUAGUUUGUGUAGAAUAGAAGUUUUAAAAAGCUAAAAGUUGUUCAGACUUGUGUAAUUAUGAAAAUCUAAUGCUCGAUACUGCUUUUCUUAAAGGAAAUCAGUAGUAAUGCUAUUUGAUUUCAAAGUAUUUAAAACAUAACCCAGCUGAUGGCAGGAUGAUCAAAUCUAGAAUAUGUGAUAGGGCUUGGUCUACUGUGAGAAAAGCCUUGCUUGUAUCAUCUGUGUGAAGGUUUAAUAAGGAGAAGAGUUAUUUUGACUGUGAUUUAUGAAUAUCAAUGCAUUAGAUGUUUCAUUUCAAAAAUGUCAUGGGGGAAAAUAGAAUCAUUCAACUUGUUUGAGAGAGUAUUUAUGUCCCUGUCAGACUAGAGAACCCUUCUUCAAGAGCUUUGCACACUUGAUUGAACCAUAUUUUCUUAUCCUUUUACCAUGUUCUAGAAGCACACUGAAGAAUCUCAUAGUUUAAAAUACAACUUGUAAAUAUUUCAAAGGACUAGGAGUCAUAACUUCGUUUUCAUACUGAAAAUGUUGAUCAGAGAAAUCAACUGUUUUGCUUUUUAUUGCUCUAUGAGAAAUUUGAGGGUUUUAUGUUUUAUUGUUAGGUUUGCUAAAUUCAGAAAUUGAAAAAGUAGAGGACUGGAUAAACACUAGAUUUUCACUAAGAAAACAACCCCAGUUUUGUUUUAGCAGCCACUUGUUUGGGAGUCUUUGGAGGAAAAAAGAGGAUGUGCUUUUAAAGGUAGAACAAACCCUCUUCUGUGUUAAAUCAAAAGGAUGGUCAAAAUCCACAAAGGCAGAUGCUACUUAUGUUUAAAAAGAGCCAUAAAUACCAAAUCCUCCUGGGACUGAAAAUCACUUCCUAUCUGCAUGGCUUUACUAAUGGGUCUCUGUUUUUCAUUAUCUUUUUCACAAAGUCUUGGUCAGUAUUUUUCCAGCAUUCAAAUUGGAAUGGCCAGUAUUAGACCACUGCUAAGUUAUAUAGUCAAGAAAUGAAAAUAGAAUUGCAUGCUA